AAUAAUAUUGGUACAAAUAGUCAAAUACCGUGCAAUAAACCCUAGGGUUUAAGGAAUAUGUGGUAAAUUAUUGCUGCUGAUCCUUCUGCUACAAUUCUGUGAUUUUGAAGCAAGUUCCAGGGCCAAUUUGAGCAAUAAGUGAGAAUUCGACGGGAGAAUGAAUGAUUCUGAGGUCUGAGGCGCGAUUUGAAGAUAUUUCAGGACAAUAUCGAGACUCCCGCCGCUGAAGGAGCGAAUCCAUAAGAGGACGAACGCCUCACCUAGAAACCAAGUGACCUCUUCGUUCCAGCUUGAAGAUUUCCCCUUGUCGUUUUGUGAUUCAUUUCUCGAUUUUGAACUCCCCCCGCAGCUGGUUCAUGGAAGGCGUCGGUGUGAAGAUGCCUGAUUUAGGGGAAGAAGUGGUUGAUUUUGAAUCCAUGAGAUAUCAAUUAGUUGAUAGUAGGAAGGAAUUUGACGUUUUGGGGAACACUUUGGAGGGUUCGAGUGUCAAGGCAGAACCUUUGUGUGGUUUUGAGCUGGAAGAGGGAGAAAUUGAGGGUGUUGUUGAGGAAUGUGUUGAAAAGGGCAAUGAGAGAAACUUGAAGGAUUUAGGGUGUUUGGUUGAGGAGCAGCUUGGGAAAGUGAGCUUAGAUGGUGCAGCAGAAAAAAAUCUAUGUGCUGUUCCAGUUGUUGCUUCAUUGAACUAUGAGAAUAGUGGUGUUCAAGAAGAUGUAGCAGAUGACAGCUCCAAGAAUGUGAAAAUGGGAAUUGGUAGUUGUGAUGGUAUGAAGAGUGAUAGUGAUGUGGUGGGACUUGGUAAAAAUGAGAAUAAGGCUGAUGAGAGUGUGGAUGAUGGAGAUGGGAGUGAGAGUGAGAGUGACGAUGAGAGCUCGUCUGAUUCAUCAUCUUCUUCGUCUUCCUCAUCAUCCUCUAGUUCUAGUGAAAACGAUGAUGAUGGCGAGAAUACAGGCAAGAAUGGAGAGGGUAGUAGUGAUAAGGAGACUGAGAUGGAAGAUGGUGAGAUUAUGUUGUCCGAGUUAGAAGAGAUGGUUUCGUGGAGUGAUGUUGAAGAUGAGGAUGGUGGUGGUGCUGGAGGUGGCCCGAUCAAAUCUAAUAAUGAGCUCAAGGAUCUCCCUCCUGUUCCUUCUGUUGAUGUGACCUUGGAACCACAUCAUCAAACCCUUCCAGUUGGAACAGUUUUGUCGAUGAUUGGCGCCCAAGUGAUUGUGGAAGGUGUCGAGAAACACAAUCCUCUCAAUGAAGGCUCAAUUCUUUGGAUUACUGAUAGCAGAUCACCGCUGGGGAUUGUUGAUGAAAUCUUUGGGCCUGUGAAGAACCCUUACUACAUUGUGAGAUACAACUCCGAGGAGGAAGUUGCAACUGGUAUCCAACAAGGCACCUUGAUCUCGUUCGUUGCAGAGUUUGCAGAUCAUGUACUAAAUAACAAGAAUCUCUACCAGAAAGGGUAUGAUGCGUCUAAUGAGAACGACGAAGAGCUGUCUGAGGAUGCUGAAUUCUCGGAUGACGAGAAAGAGGCUGAGUUCAAGAGAAUGAUGAAGAUGAAGAAAAGGGGAACAAACGAUUCCAAGCCCGGAAACAAGAGGAAGGAGAAACGUCAGCAGAAUAAUCAGAAAGGGAACGGGAGCUGGAACAAUAACCGCAAUUCUACUGCACAAACUCAUCCAGGUGGCGAAGACCAACAUUAUGCUCCUCGUGUUGGAACACCAAUAAACCAAGACAGUCAUCACCAGGGUUCAUCGGGCUCUAGGCAGGGUUUUGGUGAUCAAAGUGCCAUUCCUCCUCCAUUCCAGCAAAGCCCUCAAGCACCGGUCUUUCCUGCUCCGACUGGAAGUUGGAACAAUGGGUUUCCGCAACAUCUGCAACUAAAUGCAAACCUUCUUGCUGGGUUGCCGCCAAACGGGAUGCUGUGGAUGCAACAAAACAUACCUUACCUGUUCCCAGCAGGUGCACCAUUUCAACAGCAAAUUGGUAUGAUCACCGGGAUGCCACCAAACUUUAAUCCAAUGGUUGGAGUACAAAAUAUUGGUGGGAUGAUUCCACCUUGGCCUAUGGAUCAGAAUGCAUCGCAGUUUGGAAUGCAGGGCCAGCAAGGGACACCGCCGCCUAUGUUUGGAGUGCAGGGCCAGCAAGAUCCACCACCGCCUCAGUUUGGAGUGCAAGGCCAGCAAGGUCCACCACAGACGCUGAAUGGUGGCGGAGAGCAAGCAGUCCAGUCUCAGGGAUCCCAAGAUAGUUUAGGUUUGCAGCCACCGCCUCCGUCCAUGAGUUUCAAUGGAGGGCGUGGUGGUGGAAGAAGACAUCAUCACAGGGGCCGAGGGCGUAAUGGUGGUGGCAGGGGCAGGCAUUCGUGAGAAAUACUUUAUCCCAGUUAUUCUGUCAAUUUUUUGUUCUUCCCUUUGCGAACCUUUUAUUUAUUGUAGUUACAUGUUGUAUAAUAUGUAAUCAUGUUUUAUGUACACCUUUUUGGUUCAUGUGAGCUUUACUCUCCACAAAUUUUCAA